AUGCUUUGCGGGAGGAAAGCGGAAGCUGACAGCAUCUCUCUCCUCAAAUGUGGAGCAGGGGUCCAGGGCUGGGAGAGCCGAUGUCUGGGCAGGCAGCAGGGAGUGUGUUGGGGGCCACUGGAACCUCCUGGACCCCCGCGAAGUGAUGGCGGAGCGCGGGGUCGCCUCUCCACAGAACUCAUCAGUGACAGGCUUCAUGUUGAUGAGCAAGAGUCUCCCCACCAAAACUCUCCUUAA